CAGAUACGCCUUUCCUUUUGCCGCUUAGCGGGUCCGCUCCACUCCUUCACGACUCCAUAUUUUCUCUAUUCACUCUUUUUUCGUCAUUCUAGAUCCUCGAUUCUGUUGAAAUUUCAUCGUUUCCUUCUUCAAAUUUCGUCUCCUUUUCACUGGAUCUGAUUAUCUCCCCCUUUUUCGCCACUAAUUUAUACCAAUCGAUUCCUGAUUUUUCGUCGAAAGUUAUUAACCCUAGUUUCGGAAAAAAAAAGUUAGGGUUUCUGAAAUCGGAGAUCGAUUUGUGGGAUUUAAGUUGAAUUUAGCAGUUCUUUGAAGUUGAUUAGUGAGAUUUAGGGUUUAAUUGGAGAAACUAGGGUUGCAAUUGAUGGUGGAAGUCGAAGAAGGAGAAAAUGCAAGGGUAUUAUUAUGCAUGGGCGGGAAGACAUGUGUUUAGUUUCAUCGGCUACUACUGUAGUUGGUGUUGUUGAUUCUUCAACUUCUUUAUUCUUAAAGGAUGGUCGCAAGAUUAGUGUUGGUGACUCUGCUCUUUUCAAGCCUUCCAUAGACUCUCCACCUUUUGUAGGUAUUAUUCGUUGUUGGACUUCUGAAAAAGAAAAUAAUUUAAAGCUCCGUGUGAAUUGGCUUUAUCGUCCUGCUGAAGUUAAACUUGCGAAAGGCGUUGUGCUUGAAGCUGCGCCAAACGAAGUUUUUUACUCUUUCCACAGUGAUGAGAUUCCUGCUGCAUCAUUACUUCACCCGUGUAAAGUUGCAUUUUUGCCUAAAGGUGUUGAACUUCCGCCAGGGAUUUCUUCAUUUGUGUGUCGGCGAGUUUAUGACAUUACAAACAAGUGUUUGUGGUGGCUGACAGAUAGAAAUUUUAUUGAUGAACGACAGGAAGAAGUAGAUCAACUUUUACAUAAAACUCGUGUAGAAAUGCAUGCUUCAGCAGAACAGCAGCAAGGUUCCCGUUCGCCAAAGCCAGUGAAUGGCUCAGCAGCAACAUCCCCAUUAAAACACAGUCCAGAUAGUGUGCAGAAUAGCAGUUCUAAUCCGUCUUCUCAUAAAAAGGGAAGGAAAAGGGAACGGAAUGAUCUUUCUGUCGAUGCUGUUAAACGGGAACGGUCUUCUAGACCUGAUGAUGGCGACUCUGGUCUGUUGAGAUCCGAAAGCAAUUUAAACUUUGAAAUUGCCAAAUUUGCUGAGAAAGGCGGUCUAAUGGAUUCUGAAGCUGUAGCGAGACUGGUGAGACUCAUGCAGCCCGAAAAAUCUGAGAAAAAGAUAGACCUGGGAGUGCGGUCCAUGCUCGCUGGUAUUAUAGCUGCUACAGAUAAGCUUGAUUGCCUUAAUCAGUUUGUUCAGCUUAGGGGUUUACUUGUAUUGAAUGAGUGGCUUCAGGAAGUUCACAAGGGUAAAAUUGGAGAUUCAGGAAACCUUAAAAACAGUGAUAAAUCUGUGGAUGAUUUCCUAUUGGUUUUACUUCGUGCACUUGAUAAACUUCCUGUAAAUCUUAAUGCCUUACAGAUGUGUAACAUAGGCAAAUCUGUCAAUCAUUUACGCUCUCAUAAAAACUCUGAAAUUCAGAAGAAAGCGAGGAGCCUGGUUGACACAUGGAAAAAACGUGUUGAGGCAGAAAUGAAUAUCAAUGAUUCGAAAUCUGGUUCAAGUCAAGCUGUUCAGUGGCAAGGGAGAUUACAUCAAGAGAGUUCUCAUGGUGGAAAUAGGCACCUUAGUGGUUCGGACGCUGCUGUUAGAAGCUCUGUCACUCAUCACUCUUCCUUGAAAACUGCUGCGGUGAAACCUGGACCAGCACCAGGUGAGUCUAAUUCUAAAUCUGCGUCAGUGCAUCCUAGCAGUGUAAGAUCAGCAUUAUCACCUAUGUCAACUACGGAAAGCUACAAGGAUAGUCAACCCAAAAUAGCUGCUGGCGGCGGAAGUUCUGAACCUCAGACAAUUACAAAGGAGGAAAAAAGCAGUAGUUCUAGUCAAUCGCACACGAACAGUCAGGGCUCUAGUGAUCAGGCUAAAAACAUGGUUCUGAGUGGAAAGGAAGAUACUAGGAGGUCUACUGCUGGGUCUAGAAGUUUGAAUAAAACUGUAGGCACUAGUUCCAAGCACCGUAAAAUAGCCAAUGGUCCUUCAUCUGGUGUUCUCAGAGAAACUGCAUCUAAUAAAAGCUCAUCAAUUAGCAGAAGUUCUGACGCCGAAAAGGUGUCACAUAUUACUGUUGAUGCUUCUGUUUAUGAAAGCAACAAUCAUAAGCUUAUUGUCAAGAUUCCUAAUCGUGGCCGCGGUCCUGCACAAAGCAUUACUGGAGGCUCUUUGGAGGAUUCAUCCUGUAGAAAUAGUGGAGCCUCUUCUCCUGCUCUUUCCGAGAAGCACGAUCAGUCAGAUGCCUCUUUGAAGGGGAAUAAACAUGAUUCAAACCAGCUUCAUGAGGUUGAUGGGUCUUCAACCUCUGCUCACCAAAAAACCUGCGAGCCUAGGAAAUUGCCUAGUGUUUCAAAGAUUGCUGGCUCUUCGCCAUCCAGAAAUGAGAUCAAGUCUAGAAAAACACAUGAUUCUUCUUUCAGCUCCAUGAAUGCUUUAAUUGAGAGUUGUGCUAAGUUCUCAGAAGCUAAUGUACCCAUAUCAGCUGGUGAUGAUGUUGGAAUGAAUCUACUUGCCAGUGUAGCGGCUGGUGAAAUUUCAAAGUCAACUAUUUCGUCACCUGCUGUCUCUCCUCACAAUACGGACCACACUAGAAAUCAAAAACAGUUGCGUGGUGAUGAUGCCAUUCAACAAGGUCAGUGUACUAAUGCUGCUGAUGCUGAAGAUCAUAUGAAUGUUGCAGUUGGUUCAAAAGUUGAUGGGGAAAAUAGCAAACUGUGCAUUGCUAAAGUUGAAAAUUUUCACCAAAGUGUGGAAGGCUGCACAAAGAACAGUGAUGCAUUGGAUGAAACUGCUUCCAAAACUAUGUCUGCUGCAUGCUCUUCAGUAAGGAGCGGAGGUGAUCUUGUUUCUGUAACAAUGAACGGAAAAGUCAAAUCGGCUAAAGAGGAGAGUCUGAAUGACCUUCAAAUCAGAACUCAGGAAGUUGGUGGCUCCUUGGAAGCAGAGGAUAAGUUUAAUGUUGCCUCUUUUAAUGUUGAACCUGAGGAAAAAGCUCACAGAGAUUCUCCACUUUGCCCUCCGAACUGUGAUGAUGAAAAAAGCAGUGUACAUGAGCUUCAAAGAAAUUCCUCUUUAGAUCAAAGUACUCUUGCUGCAGCAUUGAAAUCUGAAUCUUUGAAUAAAAAUGAGACACCGAUGAUGGUUUCUACAAAUGCAAGUCUGCAUCUGGCAGCUGUAACUUCUAAUCACAUAAAAACUGAAAAAUCUGACGAUGUAGCUUCUGGUGACCUAUGUAGUCGGGCGGGUAAUAAUGUAUUCGAUAAGGAGAGUGAUCCUUCUGUACUCGUGAAAGAAGGUGAAUCUGGAGGUUGUUAUGCAGAUGUAGAUCAAGAAAGAAGCUGCAAGGAUAGAAAUAAUGAAAGCAAGGAAUCCCCUCUGCAGCAGUCUGGUACUUUAGCGACUCAACCUAGUUGUUCUGGAGUUGCUUUGCGGGUAACAGAAAAACAUUCAACUGUAGACUUAACCAAAUCGACUGCUAUAAAAGAGGAGGCUAAAGAGACUGGCGGGUCUGCUGCCGAGAAUGAUACUCUGUCACCUGCUUCAGGAGGUCCAGAUGUGGAUUCAAAGCUUGGUUUUGACUUGAAUGAAGGCUUUAACGUGGAUGAGGGGAAACAUGGGGAGGGUAUUCUGUCUUCUGGUCACUGCCCAGAUAUUGUUUGUCCAGGAAGCUCCCUACAAAUGCCUGUUUCAUUUACUUCAAGUGGUCUUCUUGCAUCAGUUACAGUAGCUGCUGCUGCUAAGGGGCCCUUUGUGCCGCCGGACGAUUUAUUGUGGAACAAACAGGAACUUAGAUGGAAAGGAUCAGCUGCCACAAGUGCAUUUCGUCCAGCUGAGCCAAGAAAAGCUGUGGAGGUGUCUCUGGGUCCAAACAAAACCACUGUACUUGAUGAUAGUAGCAGACCAACUCGCUUUCCGUUGGACAUUGACCUUAAUGUGGCUGAUGAAAGUUCUGGUCUUGAGUUCACUGGUGGAAGUAAUCCUGUAUCUGAUUUUAUGAAUUUAUCAUCUUUCCGUAGCUCUGGAGGACUCGAUCUUGAUUUGAAUAGAGUGGAUGAAUCUUCGGAAAUGGUCCAUGUUGGACGACGUUUUACUGGUGACAAUCAGAGAGUUGAAGGCUUGGCUCAGCAUGUUAAAUCAUCAACAUCAAAUGUUUUCUAUAAUGGUGAAGCUAGUAGUAAAAGGGAUUUUGAUUUGAAUGAUGGGCCAGCAAUUGAGGAACCUGUUGAACAAAUGCCAUCUAGUCUGCAUAACCGUGGCAGUAUUCCUCUCCAACCACCACCUUUGGGACCUAGAAUUAAUUGCUCUGAUACUGGGAAUUGCUUUCCAUGGUAUCCUCCAGGAACCAGCUACUCAGUGAGUAUGACACCAUCUGCUUUGUCUGAUAGGGACGCUUUUUCCAUUGUUGGGAUGGGUGGCGGUCCUCAGCGUGUUAUGGGUGGUCCAACCUCAGCAUUGUCAUUUACUUCUGAUGCCUACAGAGGAUCCGUGCUAUCAUCUUCUCCUGCGUUGCCUUUCCAAGGAGCUCCUUUUCAAUAUCCAGUCUUGCCAUUUGGGUCUAGUUUUCCUUUGCCUACAUCUGUCUUGGCUGGUGGAUCAUCUGGUUACAUGGACCCAGCUGUUGGUGGGCGCAUUUCUGCCAUCUCUUCUCAGUUGGUUGGAAAUGCGGGAGCUGCUCCGUUUCAGUAUCCUCAUGCAUAUGUCGUUUCUCGCUCUAUUCCAGACAUUGGCAAUAAUGGGGUAAUCGAAAGCAAUCAUAAAUGGGGAAAGCAAGGUCUAGAUCUCAAUUCUGGUCCAGGGGUGUUAGAUGUGGAAGGUAGAGACGAGUCACUAACAAUUGCAUCCAGGCAGGUCUCUACUAUUAGUUCACAGUCCCUUGCAGAGGAUCAAGCAAGGAUGUAUAGCAUGGGUGGUGGUGGACCCUUAAAAAGGAAGGAAUCUGAGGGAGGAUGGAAUAUAGAUAAGCUCAACUUCAAGCAAUCAUCGUGGCGAUAGAAUCACAUGAUGUUACCAGAUAGUGACCGUUGAAAAUUUGAAGUUGGUUUAGCUAUGUAAGUGCUUUAAUUCUGUUUAAAUUUUGUGGUAGAUUAUCUUUAGGCUAACUUUUAUCUAACACCGUUCUUUUUAUUGUUUUUCGGUUUGCUUGUGUAUCUUUUUUCAAUCUUAAAUACCUUUGUUCACAAUUUUUUGUGACUGAAAUAUUAACCUUCAGUAAACAGAUAGGGAUGCAUAUUGUUAAGGGACCCCUUGUUAUCUAUAAUCUGUGUAUUAUUUAAUGAAGGUAAUUGGUGGUUUUUAACUUAGCUUGUGAUCUCAGUACUUCCACAAAAAUCCAUUACCGUGCUGAAUGUUGCUGUUUUGGCCUGUGGAGCUGUAAGUCCAUGAUUCCAUAUCAUGAAGAGAUGCAUUCCUUACAAUUCAUAAGCCUUGAAAUUAUUAUCUCCGAAAUGUUAAAAAUGUUUUUUCAAUAUCACAUGUUGCUGGUAUGGUUAUCAGCAGCUGCGCUAGCAAGAUUGUCGUAUGGCUCUAAAUUCCAAUGGCCGGGUUGUAAAAAAUGAAGUGUUGGGGUGAAAGUGAUGCCUCAGGUCCUUUUUUCCCUCUGCUACUCCUGAAGCAAAAUUGGUUAAUGAUUAGUUAUCUUUUCCUCAAGAUUUGCUUUAAGUCUUAUUUUUUUGUUGUCUUGCUUGAUGUCAUUCAAGUUCUCACCGUUUUUCUAUUGAUGGCUGCAGAGUGCAGACCCAUUUUUAAAACAUGUAUCGUUAAAAAAUCAGAUCUUCUUUUUGACUUGGAUAACAUCUUUGGUUACUGUAUAGCGUCAAAGUUCCAUGUAUUAACUUGUUGAAUCAAUUUGGUAGUUUUGGUCCAUAUUGCAAUCAUCUAACUACAGUUCACUUGUUCUGUUUCAGUUUGUAAAAGAUGGAAUCAGGCUAACUACCAAGAUGUCAUCGUCUAACUCUCGUCAUAAAAGGAUGGUGGUAAGUGGGUAAACGGACGUGUUCAUAAAUCUCCGACCCCCAUUUCCUGUUGUAUAAUUCAGUUUACUUGGAAAAGAAAAUUUUUGUGUUGGGGGUUCUGCUAUUCAUGCUGCAAAGCUAUCAUUGGGUGGCUUUUGGUCAGUUUUCCUUGUGUAGAUAGUUGAAACUAUUGAGAAAAAUGCCUGUUAUCCAAAAAGCCUCAGUAGCUUGAUACCAUUCGUUCCUUCUUCAACUUCCCAGCAAUGGAUGUUGAAUUUGUUUUACUGCUUUUAGCAGAAGUGUUUGUUUGUGCAUUUUUCUUUAAUUAUCCAUUCUUUCCCAGAUA